AGCACCGGCCAUGCUAAAUGCGCAUGCGUGUGAAAACAAGCGCGGAAGUGGCUGCUAACCUGGUGCUGAGUUGUUUACAGCUACAUAUGGACAAAAGAUCGCUGUCAAAUAUAAAGCCAUACUGAGGCCUCGUCCUAUGUAAGGAGCUCUACAAAUGUCUUGAAUAUGGCAAAGGUUGUUCUGUCAACAGCUUUAGUUUUAUACCUCUGGAGUGUUUUCAUGCAGUUCAGUCGCAUGUCAGGUCUUGGGGUUAAUGAAUUGCUGUAUUUCCGGGUCAUCAGUCCAGAGGAGAUAGGGUACAUCUUCAGUGCAGCGCCUGCUAAAGACUUUGGAGGAGACUUUACAUCAUCGUAUGAUGAGAUUUUCCUGGUGCCAGCGGACCCAGCAGAUGGCUGCUCAGACCUGAAGGACAGAGAAAUCAUCCAGGGACAAGUCAUUCUGGUGGAGAGGGGAGGUUGUUCCUUUGUACAAAAGGCCCGACAUGUGGAGGAAGCAGGAGGCAAAGCUGUUCUGAUUGCUGAUAAUGCGGUGGAUAAUGACAGUCAGUACCUUGAUAUGAUCACUGAUGGAAGCACUGCUAAACCAAGCAUACCUGCUUUAUUCCUGCUGGGACGUGACGGGAUGAUGAUCAAACGAUCUCUUCAAAGACAAGCACUGCCGUGGGCUGUCAUUUCCAUUCCUGUUAAUGUUUCCUCUUUGGCCUCCUUCCCACUCAAGCAGCCCCCAUGGACACUGUGGUAGAAAUGAUGCACACCCACAACUUCCUCCACUUCCUCACAUCAGUGUUUAUUCUGUCAGCGAUGAAUAAACUCACAGCCUCACAGGGAAAUUCUUUGGUUGUGGUUAAACAAAUUAAACACCCACUAAUGGUGACUUAUCAACAUGAUCAUACUGUACGUACACAUGGAGCACCCUUACACACCCAGCCAGAGGCAUGUGGACCAAACCUUUUAGUGUUCAAAUGGACUCUUUGCUAGAGAGAAUGAACUCAGCAGAAACAAUGUUCGUAGAAUCUCAUUGUUCAGUUGAGGUCGACUGAAUUAUCAGUGUUUUAGUUAUUAUCAGCCUGUCUUCAAGUAGUGUAGUCUCUGUGGAGUUGUGUGAAGAUGAUCUGUCGGUUGCUACUGAGUUCUGAAACUGGAAAAUACAAUACAUACGCAUACAGAUUGAAGCGCACCAUUUGUUCAUUUUGUCUUAUAGUACAAGCUGUCACAUUAGGCCACAGUGGCAAAGAAAGGAAAUAAACUCGGUCAUGACUGCAUAUAGUAUACUUCACACAGGAAACUGUACAAUAUGAAUACACUUCUGCUCAUCUGCAUGAACUUCAACAGACAAGAAAUGAAAUAAACUGUUUCUCUUAUGGUAAA